UCAAAAUUCAGACGUCUGCCCGAGUUGAUGUUGCCAUAUUGGUUGACCAUUGAUCUGUCGGGGAAACUAGUUGGAAAUUAUUAGCAAAUGUUUAAGUUUUUAAUUGUUCAAUUGAUACUAAUUUCUUAUAAAGCUUAUCCAGUUAAAAUUUUGUUUGCAAUGUGUGAGAAGAUAAAAAUAAAAUAUAGAGCAUAUUUGUAAUCAAUAAAAAAAAAAGAAUUAUAACGUGUAUGUAUAUAGUAAUGAGAAAAAAUAGUGUCAGUGAACUAAAAUAAUUUAAAAAAAAAUUAUUUUUGAAUAUAUUCCUAAAAUUAAUCAUAUGCAAUAUGUCAAGAAUCUCAUAAAUCUUUUUUUUUCAUUUAAUUCAUUUCUAUCUUUUUGUCUUUCUUUUUCUCUUUCUUUCUUUAUGUUUCUUUACUUAUCUGAUCGUUUCUCUUUCCUCGUCUCUCCUUGCCAUUGUGUUUCGCUGAAUCGUUCCUCGUGGCGUUCGCGUUCCCGAAGACACCGUGGCCAGACCUCGCGGCACUGCGAUUGUGCGACGUGAACGAGUGUGUGUCGAAUAGCUAGGACGCCGAGAGUACAGGUGCAGGUGCGGGUGCGUGUAUAGUGUAGUCGUACGGGACGCGAAGACGUGGGUCUGAACGAAGUAGGCGUGCGAAGUUGGCGACACGGUUCCAUUGGUGUCGAUAGUUGCAGAAUGAACGGUAACACGGAUCCACCGUCGGACGUGACAGCAAUGGAUAGUGAGAAUAAUAAAAGAUCAAAGACUCAACGAAAUUCUAAUGAUAUGACUAAUACUGCAUCAUCCGGGACGACUACCUCUAGUGCCACAUAUUCUACGACGCAAUCUGAUCAACCAAGAGAAUAUUGCAGUCAACGCUCAAUAAGGGCUGGCUCAGCUUCUCCACUCCCUACAAAUUCCUCCUCGUUGUCUUCUUCAUCGUCAUCGUUAUCGUCCUCCUCCUCCACACCGCCACUACAGCCGGGGUGUACUAUUGCGUCAUAUUUUUCUUUGCUGAUCUCGUACUAUCCUUUACAUGCAUUACGACAUCUUAAAGAACAAAAUCAAAAGAAUCUAGCUAACAAUCUCUGCUAG